CGCACUCCAGAGGAGAUAAGGGCAGGUAAGACACGAAUUGAAAGAUUAUUUAAGAUUUACACUCUUGAACGAAGCGAAAAAAAAUCACAAUGCCCAAAGCCACCACACCAUCCCGCUCCACCGCGCGAAGACACAAUCCCCUCGCCGAGGAUAUCCUCUCUAAUGGUCAUUUACGAACAACCUCAAAAUCCGGAAAGAAGCGAUCACGCAAAAACGAUGACGAUGAUGAUGCAGAAAAUGGAGGAAGGAGUAUCGGCGAAGGAUACAUAGAUGCCAAAGCAUCUCGCAAAAUUCUACAAAUUGGUCAAGAUCUCGCUGAGGAAGAGGCUGCAGAGCAACAAAAAUUGCUGGAUGAAACGGGCGCGGGCCAACAACAUAACAAGGCAUUUGAUUUCUCGGCACGGUUUGGGGAUGAGAAUGAUUAUAUUUCAGAGGAUGAGGAGAAAUUUGAGGAAGAAGAUUGGGAGGAUGAAGAUCUUGACAAGGGGGAGGUUGACCCAAAUGACUUGGAUAUGUUUAAUAAAUUUAUCCCGGCCGGUGAUCAAGAUCCCAUUUUCGACCCUCGACCGAAUGAAGAAGGUGAAGAAGGCUCUGGCGUCAACCUGGCGGAUCUGAUUCUUCAAAAGAUUGCGGCAUACGAAGCAAAUCAAUCUAGCGAUGGGCAACAAGUGAUCAAAGGAGGUGGUGCGCCAGAGGAUGCUGUUCAGAUACCCGCAAAGGCACUGGAAGUAUAUGAAAAAGUCGGCAUGAUUCUUUCCCGGUAUAAAUCAGGACCUCUACCGAAACCAUUCAAGAUUCUACCUACGUUACCGCAAUGGCCUACACUUCUUGAUAUUACGCGACCUGACUCAUGGACCCCCAACGCCGUCUAUGCCGGGACGAGAAUAUUCAUCUCAUCCAAACCGGCCAUUGCUCAACAAUUCAUUAACAUGGUACUACUCGAACGGGUACGCGACGAGAUUCACGAAACCCGCAAACUCAACGUCCACGUCUACAACGCACUGAAGAAGGCUCUUUAUAAGCCGGCCUGUUUCUUCAAGGGUCUACUAUUCCCGCUAAUCGCUUCAGGGAUAUGCACACUACGCGAAGCUCACAUUGUCUCUUCAGUUAUCGCUCGAGUGUCCAUUCCUGUUCUCCAUUCAGCAGCUGCAUUGUUGCGAUUAUGUGAAAUCGCUGCCGAACAGACAUCUGCAUCACUUUCUUCCGAAGGCACAGGAGCAACUAAUAUUUUUAUCCGCGUAUUCCUCGAGAAGAAAUAUGCCCUACCUUACAAAGUUAUCGACGCACUCGUCUUCCACUUCCUCCGAUUCCGAGCCAUGGAUAACACUGAGAAUGAUCACAUGAUGAUCGACGGAGCUCACAAUUCAGCAGCCGCAUCAAUGAACUAUAAAUUACCUGUUCUAUGGCACCAGUCCCUCCUCGUCUUUGCGCAACGAUACCGAAACGAUAUCACCGAAGACCAGCGAGAAGCUCUGCUCGAUCUGUUGCUGGUCCGCGGUCACAAGGAUAUUGGUCCUGAAGUUCGUCGAGAACUUCUUGCGGGUCGAGGACGAGGUGUGGUUGUUCCCAGUGCGGAUUCUGUUGCUGCCGCCGCUGCGGGGGAUGAUACCAUGGAUGUUGAAAUGUGAAUUUUUUUUUCCGAGCUAUACAUAAAGAUGCAUAGAUAUUGACGAGUUUUCUUUGUUACUUAAAAUACUGGAAGUCAUGCUGGUUUGUCGGCGUUAGGUGUGCUUUUAGCUUCUCAUAUGCUAGUUCUACUUAUAUCAUUCGAUGAAUUCGGUUCAG